AUGGCGGAGGCGAUGGCUUCUAGAUGCGGCGGGGGAGGGGUCGGCAGCGAGGAGUUGCCGCCGGCUGAGGAGGAUGGCGGCGAGGUGAGAGGAGAGGUGUACGUGAUGACGGCGGCGGCAGAAGUUGGAGCGGAGAGCGAUGUGCGGCAAACACUGUUACCAGUUUCCCCGCGUUUCCCAGUUUCCACCCCUGCGAGCGAGAAAAAGAGAGAGAGAUCACAGAUUCUGCUUCCAAUGGAAGUUCCCGCGUUUACGGUUCCGCUUACACAGAAAGAUUCCGAUAGCAGGAGCAGCAACACGAAGUCUCAGGCAAUGGAGAAAGCGAACGGCGCCAAGAAUCUCUCCGCCGCCGCCGCAGUCCCAGAGGUUCUCGGCGACUCCACCGCCAUUGACACCGUCGCGUCGACCAGUGCUGGUGUUGCUUCAGCAACGCAGAAGAAGGCGCGGAAGAAGAGGCCGCAGCAACUCAUCAAGGUCUCCAACACCAAGAAUCCUUUCAUCUUCUACCUCAAUCUCGCCAAGAGGCACAUCAAGCAAUACAACUCUGUGGAGCUUUCUGGUCUUGGAAUGGGUAACCGUUCUUUCGCUUACUUGCUCUGUUCGGCGUCUCUUCAAUCAUGUUCCCUACAGAAAUAUAACUUCAUGUCAUCUGUGGCUUUUAGAGACUCUGAUCGGAAUUGUGACUCUUAGGGAUUCUUGAUCGAAUCUGAUUACGGUGUCUUAUUUUUGAUAAACUGUGUUCUAUUAUUUGCUUGGCUCAACAACUAAAACUCGGUUUUGAAUGCAUGCUUUGUGGGGUUUGUGAAUUGGGUAAACCAGCGAUUCCCACUGUGGUUACGAUCGCCCAGACUCUGAAGCGCACUGGACUUGCAGUCGAGAAGAAUAUCAAAAUCUCCAGCGUUGAAUCUAAGGAGGCUGAGACUGGCCGCUUGGUUCAGAAAGCAAAGAUCGAUAUUCUGCUGGAGAAGGCGGCUGUGAAACCUGAUGAGACUUCUACCAUGUCUACACCUGCGGAUACCAUCUCUGAGGCUGCAUCCUUGCGUUCUGUCUCCACCAUUUGACUGCAGCCCUGCCAGUAGUAAUGAGAGACUUCUUGUUGUUAAUCCACAUUCUCGUGGUGAUUCGUGCAUAGAUAGUGGAAGCUCUGCUGUAUUGUUCCUAGUGUCCAUUUUCGUAUAUUCUGCCGUAGCCUGUCAAGAACAAGUAACAGAGGUGGUAGUCUUGGCCUCUUUGCUGACAGAUGUUUUACUUGUGCUCGUACAUUUCGUUUCUGUUGUAGUUAGUUGGCCAGGCUUACUGGACUAGUAAAUGUACAAGUACUAGCCUGCUUACUUCUCACAUUACUGUAAACAGAACAACAGUUGGUUUCAUCUAGUAAUCAGACGUUGGGAGAACUCUUUUGCUUCAAUGAAAUCUCUUUGUCACCAGUUUUGUAAUAUCCAUUUGCGAUGAUCAUUUCUCCAACAUGAACCCACUGUCUUCAAUUGUCAAGUACAGUUUUCUAUGAUGAAAGGCUUGGGCCAGUGCAUCAAUAUAGAGACAGCUUGGCAAGAGUAAGGGCAAGUACUUUGACACCGUUGGCUAUAUCUUGACUAGAAGAAUAUUCUUCAGGUUUGUGGCUGUAUCCUACAAAAUCCAAGUAAAACAUAUGGCCACUAGAUCAGUAGCCUGUUCAUUGUCAAGGUAAUACGACCCGUAAUAGCGCU